AUGGAAGUUGAAAACCACACCAGUGUGACAGAGUUCAUCCUCUUGGGGUUAACAAAGGACCCUAUGCUUUGUGUCAUCUUAUUUGUGAUAUUUCUAGCAGUCUAUACUGUUACUUUGGUAGGCAACAUCAGCAUAAUCACAUUAAUAAGAACCUGUUCCCAGCUCCACACACCCAUGUACCUCUUCCUCGGCCAUUUGGCUUUUGUAGAUCUUGGUUUUUCCACAUCUAUCACACCCAUAAUGCUCAUAGGAUUCCUUAGACAAGGAAUAGUCCUCCCUGCUACUGGCUGUGAAGCCCAAUUCUGUUUUGGGGUUUUGUUCGGUACAACUGAGUGCUUCCUGCUGGCUGCCAUGGCCUAUGAUCGCUACAUGGCCAUCUGCUCCCCCCUGCUGUACCCCACCAAAAUGUCCCCCAGAGUCUGCAUCCUCUUAGUGGGAACUUCCUAUAUUGGUGGGUGUGUAAAUUCUUGGACAUUUGGUAGCUGUUUAUUGAAGCUGUAUUUCUGUGGCCCAAAUGAGAUAGACCACUUUUUCUGUGAUUUUGCCCCUUUACUGAAACUUUCCUGUUCUAAUGUCUCCAUCACUCAAAUUAUCCCUUCCAUCUCUUCUGGAUCCAUCAUUGUUUUUACUGUGUUUGUCAUCUCUCUCUCUUACGUCUUCAUCCUUGCCACCAUCCUGAAGAUGCGCUCCACAGAAGGUCGACACAAGGCCUUCUCCACCUGCACCUCCCACCUCACAGCAGUCACUCUCUACUAUGGGACCAUCACCUUUAUAUAUGUCUUGCCCAAAUCCAGCUACUCAAUUGAACAUAACAAAGUCAUAUCUGUAUUCUACACAGUGGUGAUCCCCAUGCUGAAUCCCCUCAUUUACAGUCUGAGGAACAAAGAUGUGAAGGAAGCGCUGAGAAAGGCAACUAUUAGAGGCUAUCAUUAA